GACGAACAGCGGCUCCCGCAGGGCGGCUCCCCCCGGGAAUCUGUAUAAGAAGGCUGGCCAGCGGCCAACGAUCCACAGACUCCAUCGGUGCCGGGGACCGAGAACGGCCCCCGGACUUCAGACACCCCAGCAACAACGGGCACUCCCGGCAUGAUUAAGCUGGCGCCGACCUGGCUAGCGACUCGAACUCACACUGUUACUAUCUCAGGGGUCACGGGCGCGACCAUACGAAAUGCAUGGAAGCUCCUAACCUCCAGUCGACGCGCAACCGGCAAGAAAGAGAACCUAGGACCAGGAAAGGCACCGGCCGCGCAGGAGAAGACCACGGGCUGAGGUGGGCGAUUACCCCGUUCCUGAAGCGAGGCCCAGCUAAGGGACCUGUGCGCCACCAGUCACAGAGAGGCAACCUGCCUGGCAGGGAAGAAGUAUGGACUGGCUUCCGGCAGCUGAGAUCAGCUGCCUUUCACCUUCCACAUAGAACCACCGGCCCUGCUUGGCCCUGUCGCAUGCGUGCAAACGCUCCCGUGUCCGAAAGUCAUUCGUGGGGACCACUUUUGUAUGGGGUGGUCCGUGCGUCCACCCGUUUUCCCAUACAAAGUGGGCCACCCAACUUCGCCCCCUACCCGGGCUG